CACAACUUGCCGAAAUGAGAUGAGUAGAAACAACUUAACAGAAUGAAUAACUCUACCCUCAGUAUAGAUGAUGAACAAAACAAAUUAUUCACCAUCGUUGAGAUCAUCAUUCGCCUCAUGCUCGCUAUGACGGGUACUGUAGGCAAUGCUUUCGUUAUCUAUGCUGUAGCGAUGACGCCCAAGUUACGAACGGUUCCCAACGCCCUUGUAACGGCCCUGGCAAUCUUGGAUCUGAUCGUGAGUGCAGUCUUGAUACCUCUCAUGGUCGUUGGCACGGUGGAAAACGAGUGGCCCUUCGAUGUCAGCUUCUGUCGCGUUCACGGAUUCAUGCUAAUUUUCUUCCACGCACUAUCACUCAACAUCCUUGGCCUUAUUGCUAUUAACCGCUUCCUCAAUAUCACCAAGCCACUGCAUAUUUAUCGCAAAUUUGCCACACCGCAGCUUUUCGUUAUACAGCUGAUUGUAGCGGUUCUCUUAGCUGGAUUACCUGUCCUAAGUCCAUUCUUUGGCAUAGGUAGCAAAGACUUUGCCGGCUUCAACCCCGUGCUCGGUCAUUGCUCGUUUGGUUACGAUGUCGAGGGCGUGUGGGUCUACGAGGUCGUGCUCCUGUCUCUUGGACUCUUGAUUGGGACAGUCGUCAUCCCAUUCACCUACGCCUUGAUUUGGAAGCAUGUCGGUGCUAGUCGAUCACGUGUUCAUGCCUGGUCGACAUCAGCCUUACCGAAGAGCAUGACGGAGCAACAAUCUAACAAUGAAUCGGGUAGUCCAAACCAGGAAGUUUCUGUGCCUGCCUUUGCUCAUGCCAUCUCUAUUCGCAGGAUACAGCACAAAGACAAUCUCCGACUUACCAGGAAUCUUUUUCUACUCUUCAUCACCUACACGUUGUCUCUCAUACCUUACUGUGUCUUCGUCUUCUUUGACAAACAUUACAGUUUCUCUAUCUGGCUUUGGAGAGCUGCGGAUAUUCUCCUUUGGUCAACAUCGGCAGUGAACCCAUAUGUAUACGCCUUGAUGACCUCUAGUUUUCGAGAGGCAUUCCGAAGGCUUGUAGGUCUAUCUUUUUACAGCUCACCUCAAAGGACCUAAUCAAUUUUGGAUUUUAGAUAUCUUCUAAGAAAGUAUUAAAUUACAAUCCAUGUAGUCCGAGUGGCUACUUGUAAUGCAAAGGAAAGCGACUUUAUGGCAAAUAAAAUAUCGAAU